AUGCGUCCACCGUCGCCGUCGAUCCCUGAGAAAGAGUUCCUCUUCGCGUCCUUGAAGGCAUCACUUAGGCUUGACGGACGGCAGCCGUUACAGCUACGCACCCCGGAACUGACGUUCGGACCCGAACUUGGAUGGGUCGAAUGUGCCCUUGGUAAAACUCGGGUACUCGCGCAGGUUGAUGCAAAAAUGGUCAAGCCUCCCCCAGAGCGACCCUUUGAGGGGAUGGUUUCUAUUCACUCUGAGAUAUCCCCCAUAGCUUCCCCGGAGUACGAGUUUGGUAGGGCAUCGGAGGAAGAAGUGACCAUGACGCGAAUGUUGGACAAGGUCCUGAGGAGAAGUGAUACAAUCGAUAAAGAGUCAUUAUGUGUGAUAGCUGGCCAACGCGUUUGGCAUGUUCGACUGGCAAUCCACUGUUUAUCUGACGAGGGGAACAUGCUGGAUUGCGCAUGUCUCGCUGGAAUCGUAGCUCUCCGGCACUUUAGAAGACCUGAGAUUGAAGUUGUCGGCGACGAAGUCACAAUACAUGAUCCAACAGAACGAGCCCCGAUCCCCCUUGCAAUUCACCAUUCCCCUUUUUGCUUUACUUUCGCCUUCUUCGCCGAUACGUCAAUACCGCCGAUCCUUGAUCCAUCGCAUCUGGAGCAGCGACUCAGCGCAGGGCUUGUAUCUAUAGCGUUGAAUGCUCAGCGCGAAAUUUGUGUCUUGCAGAAGCUCGGGGGCGUUCCAUUGGCGCCUGAUAGCAUCCUGAACCUUGUUGAGAUUGCAGUGAGCCGGGCGAAGGAACUCGAUCGACUUGUGGACGACAAACUGAAGGUAGACUGGUCCGGGAGGCGUGUCGAGUUUAGGUAG